AUGUCACAAUGGCUGGGUCAUAAAGCACCUGGCUACUUGAACUGGGGCCCUGGGGCUCAGGGCUCACUUUGCCACGGGUAGGCACUGCCUGAAGAAACGUCGCUGCUCCGGGACCACACCUAUCUGUUUUCCCUUUCUUAUACUGAGAGAGGGAGGAAACGGAACUACUUAUACCCCAUCUGCUCCCCCUUUGCGUAUUACUAUUACUACUAUCGCUAUCGCCUCAUCUACAGGCAGAGGAUGGUUCCUUCCCAUGGGAGUAUCACCAUGACUGAGCGCGAGAGCCUGACCCUCAGACCUCGCUACUGCCUCCAAUGUUCCGAGUCCUUGGGAGGCGGCCCGGCCGGCAGAGGGGCUAACCAGGGCGAGCUGAAAGAGUUGUACAAGGCUGGGAACCUGACAGUGUUUGCUGGCGACCUUCUGCUCCCUGGUCUCCCUGUCCAGCUGGACUUCCAUUUCCAACUCGGUCCCCACAGCUCCGCUCACUGGCACGGACUCCUGACCGACGGCAAGCUUUUCCUGGACACGCCCCGCGGCGCCCUGGAUCAAAACAACCGCGAAAGCCUGACUGCGACGCUGGAAUACGUGGAGGAACAGACCGCCGUGAACCUCGUGUUUGUGAACUUCCAGCCGGCUCGCAGCGAUCGCGGAGCCCUGUUGCGAGCAUUCAGCUACUUGGGCUUUGAGGUUGUCAGACCAGAUCAUCCCUCGCUGCCGCCCUGGCAAGACGUCAUCUUCAUGGUUUACCCGCUGGAGCGAGACUGCUGCCCGGAGCUGGAAUGA